AUGAGGGAUAUAGAAGCAUCUAAGUGUUACAAAGUGGAAAAGAAGACCGAAAGCGACGAAGAAGAAUACGAGGAGGUACAGAAAAGAACAAAGGGAAAUAAUCCGGAGGGAAACAGAAGAAACAUCAACAACGACAUUCUUGGUGCACUGAUAUACAGGAGGAUCUUGAAAGACUACGGGAUGAAGCAGAAAAAGACCAAAGCAUCGAAGACACAACCCAAUACGCCGAAGCUAAGAGAUGUUUUCUAUCUUAUAAUAGUUGUUCUUAUAAUUGCAUAUGUGAUGUACAAAAUGAUAUUUGCCACUGACGGUAGACACUCUCAAGUUCCAAAGGGAGGAGAGCAGAAGUCUGAAGAUAGAGACAAGCCAUCCUUCAGAGAUGGAUCUGAAUUUGAGAAUGUUUCCUAUUUUGGAAAGGAGGACCUGAUGAUACAAGUGAUUUCACAGGUGACUAAGAUAGUUAAUCUUUUGAAGACUGUGCCGGAAAAGGACCUCCACAAGAACAUAGAGACGACGCAGAGAAACUUCCUGUUCCACGGGCCUCCUGGGACUGGUAAAACUCUCUUCAUGAAAAAGCUAAUAUAUCUUGUUGAUUUGAAUAUCAAAUUCUUGAAGAUGAGGAACGAGAUGGGAGAGGAGGAGUUUGAAAGGAUGGACCACAACGAAAAGCUCAUCAGAGCAAGGCAGAUGGAUUCGCUCACCAGAAUAACGUUUGUAACGCCAUCGUCGUUGAACAACAAGUACGUUGGAGAGACUGAGAAGAACAUCCGGGAGCUAUUUCAAAGUGCGAACGACGGAAGAUACUGGGCCACAUUUGUAUUUAUUGAUGAGGUAGAUGUAUUCUUUUCCAAAAGAUCGGACAAGUCUCAAGACUAUACACUAAAGGCGCAGACGGAGUUCCUCAAUACGAUUGGCGGGGCAUGCGACAAGAUAAGCAGCAAUGUGUUUCUCUUUGGAGCUACCAAUCUGUAUGAUGUCCUUGAUGAUGCUUUCAAGCGUAGGUUUUCUGGUGUUUAUGAGUUUUCAUUACCGAGUGAUGAGGAAAGGCUGGAGAUCCUGGAGGAGUAUCUCGGGGACUGUAAUAGGGAGAUAACAAAUAGGAUAGGUGAUCUAGUCAGGAUGACUAAUGGAAUGGCACAGUCUAGAAUUGUAGAUAUUUUGAAAAAGAUAUCAUUUAUAAAUGACGGAAACGUGGAUGAAAUUUCUUGGAAGGAUUUAAGAAGGGCUUUUGAAGACGGAGACCCUAAAAAGAAAGGAACGGACGGAAGUGAUGUUGAGGUAGUGAAGUCUCUGAAGAAGUUCUACUUCUUGGAGCCAAGGCCAAGGAACAAAAAUGUUGAAAUACUAGCGAACAAUAAAGACUAA